CCACUGCUCUCCCUCGUUCUUCCAUCUUCAUCUUGGUCCUACUUUUCUGGCGGCAUCAUGAGGUUUGGGACUUUCAUCGCAGCGGUGCUAUCUAUUGGCACCGCGCUGGCAUCCAAUGUGCUUGAACUCACCCCGGACAACUUCGACGAGGUGAUUGGCAAGGGCAAACCCGCACUGGUUGAAUUCUUCGCGCCAUGGUGUGGCCACUGCAAGAACCUUGCACCCACAUAUGAACAGCUUGCGGAUGCGUUCGCGCAUCAGAAGGGCAAGGUUAUCAUUGCCAAGGUCGACGCGGAUGGUGUCGGACGACCACUCGGCCAGAAGUACGGCGUGACUGGCUUCCCCACCCUGAAAUGGUUCAACGCUGACGGCACCGACGAGAGCUAUGACGGAGGACGUGAACUUGAGACUUUGGCCGACUUCGUCUCCACAAAGUCCGGCGUGAAAUCGAACAUCAGGCCGCCUGCCCCUCCGGCGUACCAGAUCCUAGAUAUACACUCCUUUGACGAGGUUGCUCUGAACCCGGAGAAGGCCGCUAUUGUCGCGUUCACCGCUCCUUGGUGCGGUCACUGCAAGCGUCUGAAGCCCAUCUACGAGGAAGUCGCUAAGGACUUCUCCAACGAGCCUCACUGUCUUGUCAUCAACGUCGACGCCGACGCGCAAAGCAACAAGCCCCUCGCUCAGAAGUACGGUGUCAAGAGCUACCCUACGAUCAAGUUCUUCCCCAAGGGUGCCAAGGACGAGCCCAUUGACUACGAGGGCGCUCGUACUGAGGAGGCGUUCGUCGAGUACCUCAACGAGAAGUGUGGUACUCACCGUACUGUCGGCGGUCUUCUGAACGACAAGGCCGGCCGCCUUGAGCAGCUCGACGCCCUCGCGGCAAAGUUCUACGAGGAGUCGGCGUCGGCUCGCCAAGCGCUCCUCAAAGAGGCUAGCGACCUUGCCGCUACCCUCGGUGCCGGAGCGAAACACUACCUCCGCGUGAUGGAGAAGGUCGUCAAUGGUAGUGAGGAAUAUCUUCAGAAGGAGUCGACUCGUCUUGCGUCGAUCCUCCAGAAGCGUACGCUCUCCCCAGGCAAGCUCGAUGAGAUUAAGAUCAAGGCUAACAUCCUUGGUGCUUUCCGUCCGGCGACGAUCGAGGAGGCAACGGCCGAGGAUGAGCACUCCCGCGACGAGUUGUAGAGGAAGUAGCCAUGACAGUGUUACGUCCCCCUGUCUCGACUAAGUUAUGAUCAACAUUUCCAUGCUUUGUUUCAUUU